AUGCUUCAUCCGAUUCUCGACAUUGACGAUUUCAAUGUUGCCACGACUUUUGCCGGUUUAUUUCUGCUUGGGUUUGGCUUGCUUUCCCUAAAGAUCAAGCAAAGGUGGUACCUAGGAGAAGCUCGUGCGUUACUCAAGUCGAGCCGUCGCCUGGAUUUCUGUAUCUUGCAACACAGCGCUGACAAAGUGCCAGUGCCCUCGUUCAUUGUUGGCGUUCUCCUCGGUCCAGUUGCCGCGAAUCUCAUCAAUGUGAGCAGAUGGACAGGCGGAAGUGACCGUGAACAUGUCGGCAGUACUACAUAUGCGUUGGCUCGACUUGUUCUCGGUAUUCAGAUGAUUAAAGUCGGCUACGAGCUGCCCAAAAGAUAUCUUCGUCUGCGACUCAUUGAACUGACAAUAUGUCUUUUACCUAUGAUGGCUCUCCAGUGGGUGGCUACAUCAACGUGUAUCAAGUUGAUGAUUCCGAACUUGACCUUCUUAACGUCCAGCAUCAUCGGGUCAUGCGUCAUCUGUAUAGAUCCCGUCUUGUCUCAAGCGAUCGCAAAAGGUCCAUUCGCCGACCGAUACGUUCGACGACAUCUUCGUGAAUUCAUCUCGGCAGAGGCGGGAGGAAAUGAUGGAUUUGGGUUCCCUUUCCUUAUGCUGGCCAUCGCACUGCUCCGCUACGACGACGCUCCAAGUGAUAGCAAAGCUUAUACAGAUCGUGAUUGGAUCGGUGAGACCGAUACUGGUCGGGUUGGCGGCGAUGUCAGCCGUGCACUCGCUCAUUGGGCCGUGGAGGGUGUCUUAUACAUGAUCAUGAUGGCGUCGGGGUAUGGUUUGUUCGUGGGUUUCGUCGCUCGGAAAGGCUUGAAUCUGGCCUCGAGAAGAAACUGGGUCGACAAGGAGAGCUUUACACUGUUUCCUUUGGCGAUCGGGUUAUUCAUUGUAGGCACAUGUGGCUGUUUUGGCACGGACGAAACUCUUGCCUGCUUCAUUGCCGGGUGUGCCUUCAACUGGGAUGGACGGUUUCAUGCCGAGAUCGAGGCACGCCAUGAUACUUUCAAUUGUACACUCGAGACAGCAUUGAAUUUUGGUACAUUCGUCUACCUAGGCGCAGUGAUGCCCUGGGAUCAGCUUCAAGUGCCCGAUCUCACAGGAAUCACGGUCGCAAGACUGAUUGGUCUGGGAAUCCUGAUAUUGGUUUUUCGGCGCUUUCCCGCGAUACUUCUGGGGUAUCGAUUCAUGCCGCGAGUCUGCCACGAUUGGAGGGAAGCUUUGUUCAUGGGUUACUUUGCGCCAAUCGGCAUCGGAGCUAUUGCCUAUGUUGAAUAUGCCCGCGAACUAUUGCCCGAUGCAGGAGAAAGCGAUGCAGAGAUCAAUUUCUUGACAGCUGCUAUGAUUCCAGUGGUCUAUUGGCUUGUCUUUUUUUCGAUCGUGGUACACGGACUAUCAGUUCCUAUUCUGUACGGGUUCUAUCGCUGGCGACGGGUUCCCAUGGUUCAAGAUCAUCCGGUCGGCAUACUUUUGCUGACGGAUAAUGAACCCGUGCCCAACAAUAGUGUGGUGAAUCGGCAAGCCCACCACGUCACGGUCAAUAAUCGCUUCUCUCGUAUCUCGGAUCUGGUCGAGGGCGUUGAUCUUGGCAAUCCUCACCGACGACAAUCAGAUUCUUCCACCAUAAUCUUGGAAACUCGCAGCGGCGAUCGUGAUGGCGACGAAUCGGUCUCAACUAGCCCGAUCAAAGAGUCGGAUUGUGCCGCUCCAUUUGCAGCGAGAAACAUGGUUUAA